AAAUAACAAACGCCCAGAAUCAACAGAAAGCACUCAAAGCAAACGCAACAUAUCAGGAGGAGGAAAAGAGGAGCUCGUUCCAUUGAAAUUGCGGACAUCCGUGAGAAUCGAAAACCCGUUUUGGGCUAUGGGUUCCACAAAUGGGCUCAUUAAUGCCCAAGGGAAGCAGCCCCUUCUUUCAUUUGGGGUGAUAUCAGACGUCCAAUAUGCUGAUAUUCCCGAUGGCCGUUCAUUCCUUGGUGUUCCCCGGUAUUAUAGACAUAGCAUUUUGGUGCUACAAAGGGCUAUACAGAAAUGGAACCGCCAGAAUCCUAAAUUUGUUAUGAAUUUUGGAGACAUCAUUGAUGGGUUUUGUCCAAAAGAACAAUCUUUCAAUGCUGUUAAGAAAUUGGUUGAGGAAUUUGAUAAUUUCAACGGAGCUGUUUAUCACAUGAUUGGCAAUCAUUGUCUAUACAAUCUUCCUCGGGAUAGAUUGCUUCCCCUUUUACGAAUCCAUACUCAUGAUGGUCAUGCCUUUUAUGAUUUUUCUCCGAUUCCUGAAUACAGAUUGGUAGUUCUUGAUGGCUAUGAUAUCAGUGCCAUUGGCUGGCCCAAGGAUCAUCCAAAAACAAUUGAAGCCUUAAAAUUCCUCUCUGAGAAGAAUCCCAAUUCGGACAAGAAUAGUCCAAAUGGACUGACAGAUCUUGACAGACGGUUCUUGAUGUUUAAUGGAGCUGUUGGGAAAGAACAGUUGGAAUGGUUGGAUGGUGUCCUUUUGGAUGCAACCAAGUCAAAUCAAAAGGUAGUAAUCUGCUGCCACCUGCCUCUUGAUCCCGGUGCAUCAUCUCGCGAAGCUUUAUUGUGGAACUAUGAUGAAGUAAUGGAUGUAAUACAUCGAUAUAAUUGUGUCAAAGUCUGUCUGGCGGGACAUGAUCACAAAGGUGGACAUUCGAUAGACUCCCAUGGUGUUCAUCAUCGAGUGCUCGAAGCAGCAUUGGAGUGCCCCCCAGGUACAGAUGCUUUUGGGUGUAUAGAUGUAUUUGAUGAUAGGCUCUCACUAUCUGGAACUGAUAGAAUGAAGAGUACUGAAAUGAUUUUCUCUUAGUUGACAAAGGCAAUAUAAGGAAGUUUAUAGAGGUAUUGACUCUUACAUUUAUGUUCACGCAUACAUUAUAUGAUAUGGUUUCUGCCAAUCCAUCUAUAAUCCGGAUUCCGGAGAUCCUUCCUUGGAGUACAGAAUUAAAGCUUUCGGUAGUUGAUGAUCCUUUUACUCCUUGCAGAAAGGCAUUAGUGAUAGUGAUAUCUUUAUACCAGUUGUAACCAUAUAUGGAGAACCUUUUUCCAUUGACAUAAUUAACAAGAAGUUUAUUAAGUAUUAAUGAACUUCACAUUUUGAUAUCUUGUAAUGCUCAUGAGGUAGCUUGUUGCAGAAAAUACCCAGUAGUCUCUGUUACUAAGUGAUUACUUCAAUUAGAUGUCAUAAAUAUCAGGGAUAAGCCGUUAAGGAUUUAUAUUCAUGCUCAAUUUUACUUUCUG